AAAAUAAUGCACGUGGUAAGCUGUCACGUUUGAAGUUUACUUUAAAAAAGCUGACAUUUGUUUGUUGUUUAGAAAACAAGUAAAGAGUUUUUGAUUGUUAUUGCAUAAAGUUAAAAAAUAUUCUUUUAUAUUUUAAAAUGAAUAAUGAUGAAGAAAUGGAAAUUGUUGAACCAGAAUGUGGGGACGACGAGAUGGUAGACAGUGACGACGAUAGUGAAAACGAUAAUUCAAUUGAAAAGUCUGGUAAAAAAAAGGAAGUUUAUUUACCGGGGAAAAAACCACUCCAAGAAAACGAAGAGCUAGUUUGUGAUGAAUCAGCUUAUAUAAUGCUGCAUCAAGCACAUACUGGGGCACCAUGUUUAAGCUUUGAUAUAAUUAGAGACGAAUUGAACUCUUCAGGCGACAGAUUUCCUAUGACAAGUUAUAUGGUUGCGGGAACACAAGCAGCACGUGCUCAUGUCAACAAUGUAAUUGUAAUGAAAAUGUAUAAUUUACAUCGUACCAGUAAAGAAGAUGAAGAUGAUGAAGUGAGUGACGAUGAUGAUGUUGAAGAAGAAGAUAACGAUUUGGAGAGUGAGGAAAAAAAGCCAAAAAUGUCAUGUGCACUAAUUAAACAUCAAGGCUGUGUGAAUAGAAUUCGAACUACUAAGCUAGGUAAUGCUACUCUUGCAGCAAGUUGGAGCGAACUGGGUCGUGUAAAUAUUUGGAAUUUAAAUGAACAACUAGUGGCUAUAGAGGACGAAGCAAUCCUUAAGAAAUAUGAAAAAAAUCAAGCUACAGAGCCGUCGAAACCAGUUUUUACAUUUAGCGGGCAUCAACAAGAAGGUUUUGCAGUUGACUGGAGUCCAGUUGUAGAAGGAUUUUUAGCUACAGGCGAUUGUCGCCGUGAUAUACAUAUAUGGCAGCCUGUUGAAGGUAGUAGUUGGAGAGUUGAUCAACGCCCUUUAAUUGGACAUACAGAAUCCGUUGAGGACAUACAGUGGAGUCCUAAUGAGAGAAGUGUAAUGGCGUCUUGUUCAGUAGAUAAAAGUAUAAGAAUAUGGGAUAUUAGAGCACCGCCGCAAAAAGCUUGUAUGUUAACUGCGGAAAACUCACAUGAGACUGAUAUUAAUGUAAUUUCGUGGAACAAAAAUGAACCAUUCAUUGUUAGUGGUGGUGAUGAUGGAUUUUUGCAUAUAUGGGAUUUGAGGCAGUUUCAAACGCAAAAACCUGUAGCGACUUUUAAACACCAUACAGGUCAUGUAACGACAGUAGAAUGGCAUCCACGCGAUUCAACUGUGUUCGCGUCUGGUGGCUCAGACGAUCAAAUUGCGUUAUGGGAUUUAGCUGUAGAAAAAGAUGAAGAUGAAGAUGAAGUGUGUAGUACUUCAAACAACCAGGAUGAGUUAAAAAAUUUGCCACCGCAGCUGCUAUUUAUACAUCAAGGGCAGCAGGAUAUUAAGGAAUUGCAUUGGCAUCCUCAAUUGACUGGUGUGAUUCUUUCAACUGCUAACAGUGGUUUUAAUAUUUUUAGAACUAUAAGUGUAUAAAUAAUAGUUAUUGAAUAUAUAUUUUUCAAUAAUUAAAUAUGGUUUUUGAUCGGAAAGUAAUCAAAAAUCGAUACGAUACAUAUAAACAUGCUUAGGUGCAAAAUUAUGCGAGUGUACAAUACGUAGCGAAUUAUUUGGAUGUAUGAUAUUGGUGUGUGUUUUGUAUCAUCAUUUGAUUACUUUUUGUUUAUUAUAUUGUUUUUAUAAGUGUUUCAAUAUAUCGAUUAACACACGAA